CUCCGAGGGGAUGAGCUGAACGUGGGAAGUGCCCAAGCUCCUUCCUCUCCAGUUCCAUUGUUCUUCUCUGAGAGCAAACCCAACCCAACCACCAGCUCCAGAAAUUCUUCCCUCACGAUGCUUCCUCUAUCUCCUUCGCUUUCCAAUCCACUCUGCUUCAGAUGCCAGAACAGAGCCGUGGUUGUACGGAAGGAAUGCGGGUUAAUUCCGAAAGCCAUGGCGAGCUCGAGUUCCAGAACCGAACCCGCCUUCUUUAAUGGUUUUGGAAGAAGGGAUUUGGUGCUGUUUGGCCUUUCUUCUUCCUUGUUUGGCGUCGCUCCUUCUUCAGGGUCGUUAGCCGAGGAAGAGUUGAAAAUGGCUUCAGUAGUUGAUGACAUAAAUGCUUAUACCUACUUGUAUCCAGUGGGCCUUCCAUCAAAGAAAUUCAUGUUCAAAUGGGUGGAAUCCAGAAAGCCUGAGCGCUAUUCUUCAGCUGCACCACUGUCCCCUGAUGCACGUUUACGCAUUGUUUCCGAGCGAGUUGACAUUAUUGAUAACCUCAUCAUCUCUGUUUCGAUAGGUCCUCCAAAUUUGCAGAUUUUAAAAUCAAAGGAAAAGAGUUCAUGGUCAGCAAAAGAUAUUGCUGAUUCUGUUUUAUCAGAUAAAUCUGCCCUGCGAGUCACUUCAACCCAGCGCUUGGCUGAGAGUUCGGUCCUCGAUGCUCAUUCUAGUGAUAUCAAUGGCGAGCCGUACUGGUAUUAUGAAUACCUCGUUCGCAAAUCUCCAACGAAAAAUGCUCAAGAAUCAAAUCUUUACAGACAUUAUGUUGCCUCAACAGCGGAGCGAGAUGGUUAUCUAUACACACUGAAUGCUUCAACGCUCAGCAAGCAGUGGACCAAGAUGGGACCAUUCCUCGAAAAAACUGUGUCGUCAUUUCGUCUCCUACCACCAACAGAGAAUUAUGUUCCUCCAUAUAAAGAUCCAUGGAGAUUUUGGUGACUUCAAUUUGAUGAUUCUUUGGUUAAUCCUUGAUUUCUCCUGUCAGAAUUAGUAGAGAGGUCUGUAUUCAUGUCCGCAAAAUUUUGCUCUUUUACUUCCUCAAUGAUAAAAACGAUCACCGUUCAUAUCA